UCCGGCGAGUUUACUGCGUAGUGAGGAUUUGGCUUUAGUGUCUUUCCUCUUUUCCGGUUCUCGCGGGACGUACCGUGUAUUUGUACAAAAUGGCGAAACGCACGAAGAAGGUAGGAAUCACCGGUAAAUAUGGUACCCGAUAUGGUGCCUCCCUUAGGAAGAUGGUUAAGAAGAUGGAAAUCACCCAGCACAGUAAAUACACAUGUACAUUCUGUGGCAAGGAUGCUAUGAAAAGAAGUGUCGUUGGAAUCUGGUCCUGUAAACGCUGCAAAAGGACUGUCGCAGGAGGUGCUUGGGUAUAUUCGACAACAGCAGCUGCCUCUGUCAGGUCUGCAGUCAGGAGGUUGAGAGAAGUUAAAGAACAGUAAAUAAAUAGAAUGAAUAUUUCUUAAAAAUA